AUGCAAGAGAGAAAGGACUGUGGAAAGCUGGGAAUCAAUGCUGUGGAAUGCCAGACAAAGAGAUGCUGUUUUGAUGCAAGCAUCAAAGGUGUUCCCUGGCGAUUCAUUCCCUACUCAAAGCCAGAUACAUGUGAAUGUGCUAUGGACAUAAAGGAAAGAAAGAACCAUGGUUAUUCAGGCAUUUCAGAAAAAUAAUGACAAACUAAGGGCUGUUGUUUUGAUUCAGAAUACCCAAGUGUACCCUGGUGUUUCCAUCCUCGAAUAAAAAAAGAUAACAUACUUCUAUGA